GCGUCUCCACGGAUAUCCCUGACGCCCCCAGUCCCGCCAGCGUCCCCGCGACAAGGAGGCGGCGGGGUGUCCGUCGAGGGCGGCCACCUGCUGGCGACGUCCAUCACGUACGUGAUGCCGCCGCUGUGGGAGCAGCCGGUCGACCGCCGCGUGGUGACGCAGGCUGGGGACCACCUGUCG